AUGGUAGCCAAGAGGAGGACAACACUCAGAAACAAAGCAGCGGCUGCAGCAGCGAGAAAUCUUGAGGAAGUGGAGGACGAAGAGCUGGACGUGAGUUCGAGAUCGUUCCUGCAUCAGCCGAGGGAAUCCAAGAAGGAAAAGCAGUUGAACAAGCACCAGAUAUUCCUGAAUCGAGUGCUGGAGAAAUCGUCAGGACGCGAUGAUCUCGCAGGAAUAUCAAAAUCAGCAGUAAGGCGUCGGAAGCGAAAGCUUAGAGAUGAGUUGAAACCGAGGAUGGGCGAUCUUCUGACAUCGCUCCGUGAGGAAGAUGAUUUGAAGCAGCACGUACUCGAGGGCUCCACUGACGGGGGUCCUAGCGAUGGCAACUCGGAUCCGAUAGCUAAGAAGAACGUGGUUAGAGUGCUUUCAAAGGAUGAGCGUCGAGCUGGCGAACUAGGCUAUGUUCAUAUAAGGAAAAACGAGCCCAACAUCAGAAAUCAAAAGGGAGCCAAGGCACUAUCGAUAAGGGAAACGUCCAGGAUGAACGAUAUACUGCACAAUAGUAGCUUCCAACAGAACCCCUUUGGCGCCUUGCGCGAAGCCAUAAUGAUGAAGCAGCAGGAUCGUCAGUGA